CAACAACAACAGAACAUAGCCCAAAGUUCCAGUCAAGUUCAUCGAUUUUGUUUCAUAGUCAAUAUGACACGUUUCUUUUGGUACAGAUAUGUCGUGUAGGUGUGCGGAGCGGUCCUCGAGCUCGAGUCUGCACAUAGAUCGGAUAAUUUGAUGUGUGAAAUUUGAAAUGCCGGACGAGCCAAAGUUGUUCUUGCCUGUGUCAGAUGUCAAAUAUGGGGAUUUAUUUGACUGGUCAGACCCUUUGCAGAAAAAAUUGAAGCACACCAGAAUAUCUAGAAGACCAUCUGUAUCGCGGCAAAACAGCAAAACUGGGACGCUUACAGAAUGUAAUGACGUCCAAAUAGCACUGUUUCGUUAUGGUGAAGAAGUGUUUGCCUUGGAUGAGAAAUGUCCUCAUGCGGGUGGCCCUCUCCAUCUUGGAGACAUAGAGACAUUGCCGGACAUGUCUGUGUGUGUGAGAUGUCCGUGGCAUAGCUGGAGGUUUGAACUGAAGACCGGGCAGGUCAGGCAGCCCAAAGGAAGACAAAUCUCGGCCAAGAUUUAUCCUGUUCAAGUAAAGCAGGAUGGCACACUGCUUGUUGGAUUUAGCGAACUAAACAGCAAAUAUUUUACAGAUGAAGAUUUUUAGAAAUGUUCUAAUGAUUUGUUCACCCUAUAUAUGUAUAGUUAUUUAUAUAGACAACGUAUAUAUUUUUUUACUUUGUAUAUGUUAAAGAUAUUUAUUGUUGUGUGUUGGCUACACACACUGCUUCCUGUAGACAAAUGACACACUUUACUCUUGAGUACCCGUGAUAGUGUCACGGGUACUGAUUUACGAUCUGUUUACUUUGGUUGAACCAGUAACUUACAACAUACACUUGAGUGUCCAUCUGCACAUGAAAAGUGCCAUAAACAGAGGAAGGGGUGACCACCCAAAUCCAUGCACACCUUAUACCACCUUUCUGUCUCUGACUGCAUCAACAUAUUAGAGCACAACUGUUGUUGUUAAAAAUGAAUUCAGCAUUUUGUGUCUACAUUUUUAAGGCUUAUUGUAGAAUGUCUUGUUGAUAUACCACAAGGUAUAGUCAAGUAUAUCUCCGUGUGUGGGUGAUGACAGGAAUGUACUGAUAAUAGUACUAAAGAAUUGUGGGGGGGAUUUUAUGGUAGUCAAGUCAGUAUUUUAUGUAAUUAUUUAAAUAUUUUUUUGUAUUUCAUGUCACAUGUUAAUCAUCAACCAUUUUUAAGUAUCCAAGAAAAGUACAUCAUAAAAGUGAUCAACUUUGUUCAACUUGAUCAAAACUAUGUGUAGCAUUUCACUAAAUACUUUUUUCAUGUUUUUACCUUAAAGAUAUUAGUAUGAUGUUUUCUAGCAGAAUUUUUCUGUCUUGUGAGUCUGCUGUAAUACAUUUGUGCAGUACAUUUUAAUGGGAUGGAGACCUGGUUAUGUGUAGGAUUGGUGAUUAUCACAUCUUCAAUAUAGCUGUAUGUAACAGGUCUGGUAAAGCACUGUUUUAUGUGUAAUGCUUUUAGACCCUUACCCUUAUUUUAUCAUCUGUCUCUUUUAUUUUCUGCCAGAACUGGUAGUGAGAUUUCAUUGAAGUCACUUUGCAUUAGUUUUAAACUGCUGUUAUAUUUUGUUAUUUGAAAGAAAGUCCAUUUUGACUUUCUUAUACCGUCCUUGCCAAUCAAACCUCACUGUUGAUUACAUGUUAGGGCCAUAAAGUUUUACAAAUCUACAGUUUAAUCUAAUUUUUUGUGUAACCAGUUAAUUCUUAUUUUACAGCUAAAGCUUUUUGACACAAAAGUUGUGCUGUUACUACACAUUUGUGGUCAUAGUGUGGAAAACAAGAUUUUACGGAGUGCCUGGCCAGAUAAAUUUUUGAGGAUGAUUACUCUGUUACAUCAAUGUGUUUUUCUGUUAUAUGUGAACGUCAGAGGAUGUACAUGUACAGCAGGGCUGAUUGAUUCAUCUUGUUGUUAAUUUGUCUUUUUACUUGUAAAAUAGUACUUUGUUUUAUUAUUACUCUUAAUUGGUUGAUCGAUUAAGACCUGUUCUCUUUGUACACUGCCCACAUGUAAAAUAUUUUAUCCUUUUUCUGGAAAUACAGGAGAUAAGGAAAUAAUGUUUCAAACGGUUAAGGUGUGGGACUGUUAUGAGUUAAGAAAAGGUAUUGGUUACACUCUGCUGUAAAUGCGCUGUAUGAUACUGCAUUCUUUCAUCUACUAGGUUGCGUAUGGCUGGACAGCAUGCUCUUCAUGCAUCAUCAUUUACAGGACACUGAAAGUAGCGCACAAUUUAGUUCCUGUAAUAUAUUGAUACAUACACUGUGAAUGUCCCAGUGAAUAUUUUUUCAGAGGAAGAUUUUUGUGAGGGGUUAGCAGGUCCUGUGAUGAGUUAACACUACACAUUUGUGGUUAUAGAUUGUAACAUUGUGAACUAGUGUGCAGAGGCCAGUCACAUGUGU